AUGGCAUUGGAAGCGGAAGCGAAAUUCGCCUAUCAUGAACCAUCAAUCAAAACAGUCCUCAACUACACCGGCUUUCUUUUGACUCUGAACAUAGCCAAUACCUGCCUGGACAAGCUCCUCUAUUGUGGGUUAAUCGGUCAAGUCUUUAUCGGUGUUCUGUGGGGCACGCCUGGGGCACAAUGGUUCGAUCAAGAGACAGAAAGAGUGAUCCAAGAGAUUGGGUAUUUAGGUCUAAUACUCUUGAUUUACGAAGGCGGUCUGUCAACCUCAGUCAAGUCCUUGAAGGCAAACCUCUUUCUUUCGACAGCCGUUGCCAUCACUGGAAUCUGUGUCCCAAUGGGCUUGUCAUUCAUUCUCAAGGACCUUUUAUCGGCGACAUCUCUUCAGUCCUUCGCUGCGGGUGCAGCCUUGAGCGCAACUAGUCUCGGCACCACCUUUACCAUUCUCUCAACCACCCAGCUGACAACUACAAGGCUCGGCACAGUCACCACUAGUGCUGCAAUGCUCGACGAUGUCGUCGGUCUAGUCAUGGUUCAAAUUAUUUCAAACCUUAGCGGAAGUGCCGCCUCAUUCAGUGCUAUGACCGUCAUUCGACCUGUUUUCGUUUCCAUCGGGUUCGCUCUUGGUCUUCUAUUGCUGUGUGCGUUCUGUUUACAGCCAGGAUUAAAGAAAUUGCUUGGUUACAAAGACAAGUUCCCAGCUUUUGUGGGGACCGCACAAUUUGCUUUCCUUGCACAGACAUGUGUGUUAGUUGGGAUCGUGGCUGGUGCAACGUAUGCUGGAACGUCGAGUCUCUUUGCUGCCUACCUUGCUGGAGUGAUUAUCUCUUGGUUUGAUGGCUUGGUAGCUGAAGCGAAAACACCAAUUCCUGCCUUGCAGUCUGGUGACUCCCACGAGCAGACUUCCAACCACCAAGGAAGCACGCAGAAUGCCGAAGAGACGCUCUCUUCGCGUUCGCAACAUCCUCGGGAAACAGAAAUAACCCAUAAUGGUACACCUACAGGCGAACUCAUCUACAGCAAAUACUAUAAAGAGCUGGUCAACCGAAUCCUUCUCCCUCUUUUCUUUGCAUCCAUCGGAUUUGCAAUCCCCAUAACCAAAAUGUUCUCAGGCCAGGUUGUAUGGCGUGGAAUUAUCUACGCCAUGCUGAUGGCAAUUGGAAAAAUGAUCACAGGCCUAUGGCUCGUUCGAUUAUCUCCGAGCCCUGUGUCUGGUCUAGCCUCUACCAUCAAGAAACUAUUUGCAUACACGCAUUCCUACUGUGCGAGUCCUCGGACCAUCAGCAGGAAAUCGAACCAAAACAAGAAAGCUCCACAAAGACCAGCAAAUCAAGAUGACAGUGCAGAUGUUUCAACCCCGGAUAAUGCGAAAGAUGAGUCUCAGUCAACGAACAGACCCCCUGCACCCACUUCCCGCCCCGAUUCUCGCAUCUCUCUUCCCCCAAAACCCAAGUCCUUGUACCCGCCUUCUAUCUUGGGAUUGGCAAUGGUUGCCCGAGGCGAGGUGGGAUACCUCAUUGCUUCGAUUGCGGAAAGCCAAGGAAUAUUUUCCAAUGAAUCUUCUGAAGGACCAUCUGAGAUCUAUCUAGUUGUCAUCUGGGCGAUCUCGCUCUGCACAUUGAUCGGUCCGAUCUUGGUUGGGACUCUAGUCAGACGUGUAAAGAAGCUGCAACAGUCAAGGGGGAAUAUGGGGUCUGAUCCUUUGGGAGUUUGGGGCAUUUAG